CGUUCCCCAUCCGUUGCUGUCCCUCGACCCAUUCCACAACCGGGAACGCUGUGAUAGUAGCGCCAAAGCAUUUAUCACGUGUGCCGGGUCCGCCACCAGCACUUGAUAUCAAGCUAGCCCGAUCAAGCAGGUCUUGAACCACGUAUCUGGCAAGAAAGAGAUGGCAGCAGAAACUUGGGAUAACGUUCCGCUGGCCCCCCCGGACAGUAUCUUCCAGCUUACUGCCGCUUACAAGGCAGAUCCUUUCCCUCAGAAGGUUAAUCUGGGGGUGGGAGCUUACAGAGAUGACGAUAACAAGCCUUGGGUGCUGCCCGUGGUCCAAAAGGCGAACGAGAUUCUGCUCAAGGACCCUAACGUCGACCACGAAUACCUCCCCAUCCUCGGUCUCCCGGAGUACACGUCUGCAGCUGCCAAGUUGAUUCUGGGUGCUGAUUCUCCAGCGUUGCGAGAGGGUAGAGCCGUCAGCGCGCAGACGAUUUCAGGGACAGGCGCGAACCAUCUUGGUGCACUAUUUUUAAGCCGCUUUUAUUCGUGGGAUGGGCCGAAGCAGGUUUAUCUCAGUAAUCCGACGUGGGUGAACCACUACCAAAUAUUCCGUAACGUGGGCAUAGAGCCGCUCAACUACCCGUACUAUGACCCCAAAACGAUUGGCUUGGACUUCGAGGGCUUUCUGAACAGCCUGCGAACUGCGACGCCACGUUCCGUCUUCUUGCUGCACGCGUGUGCGCACAAUCCCACUGGUGUCGACCCUACGCAUGAGCAAUGGGAGAAGAUUGCAGAUAUCAUCGUGGAGAAGAAGCACUAUGUAUUCUUUGAUUGCGCGUAUCAAGGUUUUGCCAGUGGUGAUCUAGACCGGGAUGCUAGUGCUGUGCGGUACUUUGUGGAGAGAGGUAUUUCAUUGCUAGUCUGCCAGAGCUUUGCCAAGAACGCCGGACUGUACGGCGAGCGUGUGGGUGCACUCCAUGUUGUUACCCCCACGAAGGAGGCAGCAGACCGUGUGCGGAGUCAGCUGGCGGUCCUGCAGCGGAGCGAGAUCAGUAAUCCUCCGGCCUACGGUGCGCGAUUGAUCGCACUCAUCCUAAACGACCCGGGACUGUUCGAAGAAUGGAAGAGAGACAUCAAGACGAUGUCGGGACGUAUCAUUGAUAUGCGCAAGGAGCUGCACCGACUGUUGAGCCACGAGCUGAAGACGCCAGGGAACUGGGAUCAUAUAAUCAAUCAGAUUGGGAUGUUCAGUUUCACCGGCAUUAACGCCACGCAGUCGAAGGCACUCACGGAGAAGGCGCAUAUUUAUCUUACGACGAACGGGCGGAUUUCGAUGGCGGGGCUGAACAGCAAGAACAUCAGGUACUUUGCGGAGAACCUGGACAAGGUGGUGAGGGGCGAAUUGUAGUGUCACGGGUGUAUCAUGACUGGCUGUUGUACUGCGACUGUUGUAAUAGACUGUGUAUGAUCGCAAGGCUGGGUUAGUCGCUGUC